GGAUAUGAAAAUGCUACAGAGCAAUUUUGAAAUUGUUCUGGAGUUUAUACAGAAGUUGAUCAAUCACUGCUGAGCGGGACUGACAGCAGCACUAUGGAUUUAGAGUUAUCAAAUGAGAUUUUGGAUGAAGAUGUGGCAACUCAGUACAUGAUCGAACAGAGCAUUCUGGGAAACAGCAAGCAAACUGAGUUUAAAAACAUCAUUUCUGAAGAUGGCUGCAGAAUAUUGCAGACUAGUUUGAAAAGGGACAAAAUCUCCAGCGCCAUCAAACAAGGUGAUGAAAAGGCUCUCCGUACACUGACAAUCCACCAGAAUACUUUCUCUGAGGAGGACAAUACAGGUCAGAUUCCCUUACAUGAGGCAGCUGUUCAGAACAACCAGUAUGUCCUGGAGAUCACUUUCAAUGCAUCUCCCACAGAUGCUAAGUCUCACAAAACUCAUCAGGGUAAGACAGCAAUUUUUCUGGCUGUCGAAAAGGGUCACUUAGACAACGUCUGUUACCUCUUGGAAAAUGGGAGCAGUCCAGAUUUCCAGGACAAUGAUGAGGACUCACUUCUUGCUGUUGCCAUAAAAAACAACCACCAUGAAAUGGUGAAGCUCCUGCUGCGCUUCAGUGCCAAUGUGAACCAGCUGGGGAAAUACUGCAGGACAGCCCUCCAUGAGGCAGCUCACCUGGGCCUGACAGAUUUAGUAAAGCUCCUGCUGAAGUCUGGAGCUCGUCCCGAUCCCAGAAGCACUUAUGGCCUUACACCUUUAGCCUUGGCAGCUCAAGCUGGACACUUCGAGAUAGUAAAGGAACUCUUACAAAUAGGUGCUGAAGUGGAGUCUCAGGCUCAAGACUGUGCUACUAUCCUUUAUGAAGCUUCUGCAUCUGGUAACCCUGAUGUCAUUUCAUUGCUGCUUGAGUAUGGCGCUGAUGCUAACAUACCCAAAAAUACAGGUCACCUGCCCAUUCACAGAGUGGCCCAUCGCGGAUAUGUUAAGGCUCUAGCUCUGCUGAUUCCUGAGACCUCAUUUGAAGCUGUUGACGAGAGUGGCAUUAGCCCCCUUCAUUCAGCAGCUGCUGGAGGACACACAGAAUGUCAAGAGAUGCUCCUCAAUGCAGGCUAUGACCCAAACUUCAUGCUUCACCAACGAGUGAGGCGGAAUUAUGAUGACGAGCCUAGAUCUGCACUGUACUUCGCUGUUUUGAAUGAGGAUGUGCGAUCCACCAAGUUGCUUCUUGAGGCUGGGGCCAUGCCUAACCAGGACCCAGUGAAAACCUUGCAGGUGGCUUUGCGCCUGGACAACUACCAGCUGAUUGAUAUUCUGCUGCGGUACGGUGCCAAUGUAAACUACUUCUGCAGGGUGAACACCACACACUUUCCUUCAGCCCUGCAGUAUGCACUGAAGGAUGAGGUGCUGCUGAGGAUGCUGUUUAACUAUGGCUAUGACAUAGAACGCUGCUUUGAUUGUCCAUAUGGGGACAGAGUUCAUGUGCCUGAUGAUUAUGAAGGCUGGACCAAUACUGUCAUCAAAGACACCAUGUUCUGUGAAGUGAUCUGUGUCUCCUGGCUGAAGCAUUUAGCAGGAAGUGUAGUACGCAUCAUGCUAGAUUACAUUGACCAUGUGAGGUUUUGCUGCAAACUAAAGGCUGUUCUGAUGGAACAGAAACAGUGGCCAGAAAUAUGUAACAUUCAAGAGAAUGUCCGCUGUUUGAAGCACCUCUGCCGUCUGAAGAUCAGGAGAUGUCUGGGGCGUCUGCGCCUUAGAGCACCGGUCUUCAUGAGCUUCCUGCCUUUGCCAAACCGUCUGAAGGAAUUUAUUUUAUAUAAAGAGUAUGAUCUGUAUAGUCAGAGGUGUCAAGCUCAGGCUCAGUGACAUAAGCACAGCACCUAAUACAGAUAACAUAAAGUAUCAUGGCUUUGUGACCUUUAUUUAUAAAUCAGUGUUAAUAAAUAUAAGUAAACAAAGCACCAACACAGUGCUGCCACUAUUUUGGUAAUGUAAUAAAUGUUACCAUUGAUAUUAAGAUAAAUUGUAAUAACAGAUUUAAUCUGGAUUUGUUGACACUUUUUCUGUAAAAUGUAAUUGUAUAUUUAGAGGUUUGUGCAUUGCUUUUGAAACUUAUGUAUAUACAUAUAUUUGUUAAACUUAAUAUUACAGAUUUGACG